GAAAGUUUUUGUAGCUUGAUCUGCACUGGUAUUCGUGUUUUACGUGUAGAUGUGAAUUCUAUAGACCCUAAAAGUAAAAUAAAAAAUAAAGCGAUCAAUACUAUAUGCUUUUGAACUUUAUACAAUAUAUAAUAUUUCAAUGGUCUCCACUACUUCAGUCGCUUUUCAUCUCCUUCCCUGCUAAAAAGUUAUAUCCAUCUUUCUAUAAAAAGACAUCUUCUCUUAUUUCUUACCUGCAACAUACUUUUGAUAAGCUAAUUUUUUCAAACAUACUUCACAUUUUGUCAUGGCGACUCAAGACUCUCAGGGGAUUAAGCUCUUUGGCAAAACCAUUGCAUUCAACACUACUCAGACCAUGAAAAGGGAAGAAGAGAUCAAACAGCCUCCAGAGCAAGAGGCCACAACAGCCGUUAGCUCAUCAUCGGAUCUGACGGCGGAGAAGCGUCCGGACAAGAUCAUAGCAUGUCCAAGAUGCAAGAGCAUGGAGACAAAGUUCUGUUACUUCAACAACUACAACGUAAACCAGCCUCGACACUUUUGUAAAGGCUGCCACCGUUACUGGACCGCCGGUGGUGCACUCCGGAACGUUCCCGUAGGCGCCGGUCGUCGGAAGUCCAAACCACCAGGCCGUGUCAUGGUAGGUAUGCUUGGGGAGGGGAAUGGUGUCCACCACCAGGUCGAGCUUAUUAAUGGCUUGCUCGUAGAGGAGUGGCAGCAUCAUGCCACAGCCGCAGCUCACGGUGGUUUCCGGCAUGAUUUUCCUAUGAAGAGGCUCCGGUGCUACUCCGACGGUCAAUCUUGCUGAUUAUUAUUGUUAAAUUUUUUUUUUGGUUUCUAAAGUUUGUUUUGGUUUUGGGGGUUUGAGUGGUUUUCCGAUAAACCCGUAGAAGAACGUGGUGAAUUUGGUUGCUAUUGGGUACAUACAGGCUGUCACGUUAGUUAAUUUGUCAUUUGUCAAUCAAUCGAAUCUAAUUAUGUACUACUUAACUUUAAUUUA